UCAAAUACACGUCGCCAGCCGCUAGUUGGCUAACGGCAGCAACCGAAAGCAGAGGAGCUUUGUCGUCCGGGUUACUUCACCUGGCACACGCACUUAACCAGCCUCAACCUGGGACUCAAAUAAUCCAAUACAAGACGUCGAAACUACGGGGAAGUGAGGGUAGUCGAAGGACAGUUGUUAGGCGAAAAGAAGCUGCAUAAAAUCGGUAGCUAUCUUUGUUACCAACUCCGCGCAUACGUAGUUUUAGCUCGCUAGCUAACUACGCUAGCUCCCGAAGAAAGGCCGUCGAGUUGGCCCAGCGUCAAUUAUUUAAGAGCUAGCGGAAUCACACUGGCAUACCACGGUUGCCCCUCACUGCUUGGAUCGGAAAACCUUCUAAUCAAACACAACAUCGAGAGAGGAUGGCUCUGAAAAGGAUCCACAAGGAGCUUAAUGACCUGGCUCGUGACCCUCCAGCACAGUGCUCAGCUGGCCCAGUGGGUGAUGACAUGUUUCACUGGCAAGCCACAAUCAUGGGACCUAGUGACAGUCCAUAUCAGGGAGGUGUUUUCUUCUUGACAAUUCAUUUUCCAACAGACUACCCCUUCAAACCACCCAAGGUUGCUUUUACGACAAGAAUUUACCACCCAAAUAUUAACAGUAAUGGCAGUAUCUGUCUGGAUAUUCUCAGAUCACAGUGGUCUCCUGCACUUACUAUUUCUAAAGUUCUUCUCUCCAUUUGCUCACUCCUAUGUGACCCAAACCCUGAUGACCCACUAGUGCCAGAGAUCGCACGAAUCUACAAAACAGAUAGUCAAAGGUACAAUAAACUAGCUCAGGAGUGGACAACCAAGUAUGCCAUGCUUUAGGAUACACCAGAAUGGCAAAAGACUGGACACACAAAUACGCUAUGUGAUGGCAUCAUUUGGAAAGCUGGUGGAAAAUGUUGUUGCUGGUUCAAACAAAACAAAAAUCCGGGAUUCUGUGUUUCUUUUUCACUUUUGUUUUUCUUUUCUUUCUUUUUUUUGGUUAAUCGGAGCAUUUCACCCCCUCCUUUUUCCACCUGCGCGCUCAUAAGAAGAUAGUGUUUUCUCUCUAGGACAUGUGCCAGUUUCUGUGAUGUUUUGGACUCUCAUUUUGUACGGAGUAAAAAAAAUAAAUUAUAAA